CACGUCGGCAACCCGCGCUGCCUUUGCUCUCUCUCUCUUUGGGCGCGCGUCUUUGUCCCGAGAAUAACUCCUCUCACAUCGAGCAAAGCUCACCGCCAGCGAGCAGAUCCGAGCUCCUCGUCCGGCGGUCGAAAACAACCUCCCCUCAACGCACACCGUCGCAAUGGACCCCAUCACGGCCAUCGGGGCGGCCAGCUCCGUCAUCGGCAUCGCGGCCUUUGCGAUUGAGCUGUGCGAGGUCCUGCACGAGUUCGGCAGCCAGGUCCGCGGCGCCCGCGAGGGCCUGCUCGCCGUCAGCUCCAGCAUCGAAUCGACCGCCGACUCGCUGCGCCUCAUCCACCAGUACCUGGACAUGGAGGCCGACAACCUCUCGUCCGGCGGCGGCGGCGGCGGCCCCGGCAGCACGCGGCUCUUCUCCAAGGACGCCCUCGCCUUCGUCAAGAGCAACGCCGACAGGUGUCUGCUGGUGUUUUGGCGCAUCGAGGCCGUCAUGCUCAACGGCUCCGACGACGGCGAGGUCGUCGAGGCGCAGCUGCGCCGCCGGCUCGACGAGUUCAACGCCGGCACGGAGCCGGGCCGGGCUGGCAAGGUGGCGAUCGAGCUCUCGCUGGUGCCGGCGUCGCUGCCGCUGCUCAGGCGCCUGCGCUGGCCCUUGGUGACAGCUAAGCUGGCCGAGUACCGGAGCCAGCUGCAGUUCCACCAGCAGUGCCUGUCGCUCAUCAUCAUGACCGUCUUCAUCGGCGAGGUGCGCAGCAAGCCGAGCCUCGAGAACAAGGACAUCAACGCCAUCGCAAAGGCCGCCGUCGACAUCAACAAGGCCAGCAGGGAGGUCAAGGGCAUCAUGCGGUCCGUGGCCUCGAUCCGGGAGAUGCUGCAGGAGGGUGACAUUGACCUCCGCGUGCUGUUCCCGCCGAGGGAGCUGGGGGGCCCCCCGCCAUACUACCGCAAGAGCGCGGCCGAGGCUCACGAGGAGGAGGGGGGUGGGACGGGCUCUGUUCUCCAUCAGCCCACCGGCGACCUGGCGAAUGGGACCGACGUGGGCUCCGGAUCCUACAGCCAGUCUACCCAACAUGCCACGCUGAUGGCCAGGGAGCCGGGAGUCGGUGCCUCAUCCUCAGGUGUCCCGCUAGACAGCAGUCGGAACUCUUUUGCUCUUUCGCAAACGUCCGGGAAGGCUCCGCUCGCCAGCAACAUCUUGAAUCUGAGCCCACAGACGAACCUGGAGCCACGGCGGCCGACUGCCGAAACUGACGGGGGCUCAUCCGAGUUCCACGACCCCCCGAAAAAGCAAGAUCUCCCCAUAAUUGCGCCCUUGUUGAGACCGGUGACGGCGGGCGUGGGUGGGGAGAGCCAUGGUCAGAAUUCCAAGAGGCCUGUGGGGGGCGAUUACGAAGGCACCACAGACACGUCCGGGGGCGCAAGCGUCAAAAGUGUGGAAUCACUGGGCGCCGCAGAUCCCGAACAGGAGCGCGAUGGACCCGACGGGCAAGGUGCGGCAGACAGCGAGGCCAACGACAGCAGCGACGACGACGACAGCUCAUCCGGCGACUCGUCCCAGGAGGCCACCUCGGCCCUCGAGCUGGGUUUCCAAAAAUAUCGAAACGGUGUGGUGUCUCGAUACAUGAUCAAGCAGCAAGGCACCUUCUUUGCGCUCGAGCCAAUGCAGCUGAAGGGACUGCGCCGGGCGAUAGAGGUGCUUCGGUGGCGGUUAUGGCCCUCCAAGGAAGCCAUGGAGCGAACCCUUGCCUCGGCAACUGAGGAUCAGCUGAGCACGCUGGGGCACCUCCUCCAGCGCCGCAGCGAUGUCGACGGCGAGAUCUUCAACCGUUCUUUGCUUCAAGUCAGGGAAGUCGGGAGGAAACCGGGCCGGGCCGGACCCUCGGUCGACUCUCCCGGCGAUGGUGGCGACAAUGGAACGGCGCUGCUUGUCCUCGUCGAGAUGCUGCCCAGAGACAGGUUUGCGUCCAUUUCCGAGAGUGAUGGGAAGAUCUCGGGUGGAGGUGCGGGCCAUCAGGGUGCUUGGAUCCAGGACCUCUCGACAGGCUCGGACCAAGAAAGAAGUCUCGUCUUCCUCCUAACAACACACCACGUCUGGAGGAUUCAGCCGCAGGAGUCGAGUACCGCCACCGGCGCCGGAAAUCCGGACUGGAACAGGUGCUUGGUGACAAGGGGUAGAAUGAGCGAGGAGGAGGUCAUCCAGCUUCGGGGGCCGAUUGACGAGAAUAAUACGCAGGAGAAAGGCCCGACAAACCAGCCCCCGGGUCUAACACCAGACCAGCGAUCGCAGGUUGAUAGGCUGAUGGAACAGCUCCAGACAGAAUCGGCGGGUACCAAGUUCGCUUAUUCUGUCGAGAAGGUCGAGGCCGUCCGAGCAGACAAGCCGCAGGGAGUUUUGCGGGCAUUUCGACGAGGAGAUAGCCGGGCAGGGGAGAUAUCCGCGCUCCUUGUUUUCUUCGCACGCGGCCCCCGCGAUGGCGUCAAUCUCGGCAAGCUUUACAGAGCGGAACAGCGCCGACGCAAGACUGAGCUGCGUCGACCAGGACUUCCCGUCGUGCAGCUACCGCAGAUUUGGGAACCGGCUCCUCGGAUAGGGCGGCACCUUUUUGGCCGUGCCGAGCGGGGGCACAAGGGCAAGGGAGGCUUUGAGGAACCUGGAAGUCCGGUACGGUCGGAUACGGAGGUGGCGCUGCGAGGGGACGGCGAAGCAAGGAAGAGGGGGACUGCAACGCCCCGCCCUGGGCCGACAUAUACAAGCAUACCCGCGCGGGAUCUCGAGCUGGAGACUCUGAGGGCCCUGAGCAUCGAAUUCGAGCUGGAUAGGGACGAUCCCAACCACAUCAUCAUCAACCGAGUCCUGGACGAGGAGGAGCAGGAACGCCUGUUGGCACACACCAGGGCGAUCCGCGAGGCACGGCAGGCAGGCGCGGAUGCUGCUGCUGGCCCAAGCAUCCAAGCCGACCACUUGCGCGACCUGCUCUCCACCCCGUCGGACGGGGCUCACAAGACGCCGGCCUCGGAGCCCGAAUCCCGCCCUGAGCUGCCGUUCAGCGUAAAAGUUCCCGCGGAAGAAGAGCAGGGGGUACCCAAAUCCAUCAGGACCGACAUCUCGGGCCACCACAUCGCUGAACCCGCCUCGACCGCCGGGGAAGACCAGGGCGGCGCAUCGCAGGGCACCUCGGGCCUCGGCAAGGAAGGCGAAUGGGCGAACCCCGAGGCCGAGGCCGAGGCCAUCCAGGACGGCGGCGACUGGGACGACGGCGCCGACGACGACGACGACGACCUUGUGGAGAGGCUCCUGGCGCGGUGGACGCCCGCCGGCGAGGAGGAAUGGCGCGGGAGCGUCGGCGAUACCGACGAGGUCUUGGGACCUGUGUCGGGGGCGCACACGCCGGCGGCAAAGGCUGGCAGUGUCGGCGCGGGAGGGACGGCUGCGAGAGCGGCGAGCUAAUAGACGGGCGGAUAGAAGUGUGUGAGAGCGCAAGCGGGUAAUAGAGUCUAUAGAGGUUUGCGGUUUCUUUUGAACAUGUCGGGACGAUGUACGCGAUAUAGAUGUGUUGCCGCAAACCCGGACUGGCGGGCCGGCGCAUGGGGAACUCUGGGCUUUUGGCUUGGGACCUUUAUGACUGGCCCUUGCAAGACCGGGUCCAAAGCGUAAACGUAAUGUUAUGACUACCAUGUGGUACUGCUGAGCA